CGCGGUGACGUCGCGGUGACAUUGGGUGAAAGUGACCGGCACCUCGCGAGCUCCACGUUUCACCGACACAAACCGAGCCGAACCGAACCUAACAGAGCCGAACCGGACCGCACCGAGGGACUAUGGACCCAGAGCCCCGCCGCAAGCCUCCGACCCCCGGUUCCAGUAUGGACCUGUGGGGGCAGUGCAGCCGGGCGCAGCAGCUGUUGGAGGACGCUGUGAGCGGAAUCUUGAAGACGGAGAAAGAACUGAGACAAAACGCCACUGAGGUGUGCGGGCAGGUGCAGAGCCUGAUGAGUCGCCAGCAGGAGGCGUUGCGCUGCAGGGAGCUGUGGCUGCUCGGACAGAUUGAGAUCCUGGAACAAGUGAAGAGUGAAACGCUUCAGCAGCAGCUCCUGCAAAUCACACGGCUCAGAGCUCAGCUGGAUCUGAUCUCAGACCAGCUCCGCAAGCAGCCAAUCAGCAACGACGUGAGGAACCACCUGACCAAUCAGCUGACAGCGCUCCUGGACAGCGUGGCGACCCUCGGCCUGACCCCGGAGGAGACCCCUGACCUCUAUUUCCAUGGGGACACUCGCUCUUUACGCUCCACCAUUACAUCAUUCGGAGCUGUAACAUCAUCCGCCCACAGCCCCGCCCCCAAGAGACAGAAGACAGAGGGCGCUCUGAGCCAGUGGCUGCUGGGGGCGGAGCCACAGUCCUUUGCCAAGGGUUACGAGAGCGGCGAGACACGGGAUUGGCUGGCGACAUGUUUACAGCCACAGACUUGGGUCCAGACUCGGCCUUCCUUCGACAUGUUCGCGGCGUGGGGGCAGCUGCUCGACCUGGAGGCGUGGCUCGUGAAAGAGACCGCACCCCUCUCCUCGUCUAACCCCGCCCACGAUGACGGCCUUAGCAACAGAGCACGGAGCAUCAGCUGCAGCACUUCCUCUUCCUUUGAGGAGAUCGACCAAUCGGAGCUGAGCUCAGAGGAGAUGGACCAAUCGGAGGCGUGCGAGUCCUGGGGGGCGGUGCUUCGGCCCUUUGAAGAGCGCUGGGACAGCUCUGAUUGGCUGCUGCCCCGAGACUGCUCCUCCUGUAAACGCCCACAGCGCCCCCUGGAGAUCGAGAACCUGGGGAACGCGCUCGGGAAGCUCAAGUGCCUCAAGAACCAGAACCUCCAGAGUCCAAACCAGGACCAGACCCCCCUCAAGACCCAAGACAAGACCCAGGACCAGACCGAAGACCGGACCAAAGACCAGACCCAGACCCCGAAGAAGGAGCCGACAGAGAAGAGCCGCCGCAGCGAGGCACUGGAGGCGUGGCUUCAGCAGGUGGCGCCAGUGCAGCAGGUGUGUCGCGCUAACGAGCCGUGUUCUUCUCUGAGGAGCUGCGUCUGUGACGAGAACUGUGGCCGCGACGCUCUGAGGGCGUGGCUACUGCGGCGAGAGGGGCGGGACAAGAACGGGGUCAAGACCACGCCCACCUGUGACAAGGACACGCCCACCUGUGACAAGGACACGCCCACUAAAGAGAAGGACACGCCCACUAAAGAGAGAGACACGCCCACUAAAGAAAAAGACACGCCCACUGUGAAGAAGAUGCCGCUGUCCUACAGUGAGAGAGAAGAGAAGGUCCAGGCGAUCCUCGAGGCUUGGCUCCACCCCCUGACCUCCAGCCCCGCCUCCUCCUGCUCCAGCCCCGCCCCCCCUGUUUCCAUGGAGACCUCUGACAGCUGUCCCUUCCAGCGCCCCCUGCAGGCAGACCUGUGGGUGGUGCCGCCAAAGACCCCGGCCAAUCAGACGCCAGAGCCCGCCGCUAGCCCCGCCGCUAGCCCUGCCCCCAGCACAAGCCCCGCCCCCAGCACACCUGAGGAAGAGGAGGAGGACAGGUGGCUGCUGCGGAAACGCUCCAGUGCUCAGGAGCGAGCGAUGCCGGUCGUCUGUGACCUUUUCUCCUGCAUGAAACUCAACAAAGACAAAGACCUGUGGCUGCACUCGCCCCCUCUACAGAUGUGAGAGGAGGAGGAGGAGCAGGAGGAGAAGAGGAGGAAGACUCUGACACUUUGCUGAAAUCGCACACUUUUGCCUUUAACUAAAACGCCACAGAAAUCCACAAACUGAUCUAAGAAUCUGUGACCUGAGGCUGUGUCCGAACGUCCACACUGUCCCUGCAGGGGGCGCCAUUUACAACUCGCACGUAUCGAGUUCUGUCCAAAAAGUCCAGGGAGCCAAAAAGUAGAGCACUCAAUUUCCCACAAUCCACCUGUAAAAGUGGAUCGUCCAGCGCUGGUCAGUAGGGGUCUGUACAGAGCACAGAACAAGACAGAUUCUGAAUAAAACGCUCUUCAAGGUGAACUUUAAGAGGGUUUAUUCAGGUUGGAGUUACCAUGGAGAUGCUAUUGCUUUGCCUGUAAUGUUCCGCAGUAUGGUUUUAAACUUGUAGAUGUUUUUAUAGCUUAGAAAUAUCUUUUAAAAGGCCGCCACACUCUACAGGACAGUUUACCAGAUUUUGGUUGCGAUUUCUUUUCUCCACGUGACCCGACUUUGUGUCUUCGGCCACAUCCACACUAGUUCGUAUUCGAGUUGUUUUCGUUGCGGAUGCAGUGUUCGUUCACACUAAUCUGAUGGAAAACGGCUCCAGAGACGGAACAAUCUGGCGCCUACAGCUCCCACAAAUUCAUCUGAGUACAGAUCUGAUCCGGCACUGUGGACGCCUGAAAACGUUGCUGUAGGUCUGUGCACCGCAAAGUAAUUCAGUGCCAAAACACUUAAGAGGCGAGAAUAUGUGUCCAUUUAUAUAAAGGUGUGUCUAUGUGUACGACCUGCAGACGUAUAAUCUCUGAAAAGUUUAACACGAACCAUCUCCAACACGACAGAAACACAGAACAGACUCGCCAUCAACAGAACACCCCUCUGUCACAGAAAGAACACUCAGAUUCCACUGAGUCGUGUCCUGAUGCUGCUCAGCUUCUGUCGAACUAAAGGACACAAGGAAAGCUGUUUUUUUGAGCCUCAGUUUAUGCAAAUGAGUUGUGUGGUUUUAAAUUUUGUUUCUGUAAAUCAUAAACAAAUGUGCUCAAAGCUGUGUGGAUAGGGAAGGCUUAAGGACACAGAAAUUACAUGUCUGGAUGCAAAUCGACUCAUUUCAGUUUAAACACAGCCUUCGUGUGUCAUCUUGUAACCACCAAACAUCAGCAACGUUAUGGUAACAGCCGAUAAAACAGAGCGUUGGGGGUAGAGGAGCGACGGACACAGAGACCCAAGAUACAAACUCAAGAAACCGCAAAAAUAAUGAUUAGACUUUAUUCCUCACCUCUCUUAAAGCGGUAAAUUUAAAGUGCAGCGUCUCAUCCACAUUAUCCAUAGAAGUUAUUCUCCGCAAAUAAUGACCCCAGUCCACAAAACCAAACCGUGAAUCCAGUUUGAGGCAUUCUUUAAAAGUAAAAAUGUGGGAGUAGUUCCUCACGUGUGUCUGUGGAGAAUCUGGAUCUUCAACUCGAUCCGUAAACAGGGACUCGACUUCCUGUGGACUUUAUCUCCAAUCAUUUAUGCUUUAAAAAUCCUGUAUCUGAAGUUUUGCACCACAUUUUGCAAAUAUUAAUAACACAGUUUUGACUUUAAACGCACUGUCGGCAGGAAAAAACUGACACAAACUUUAUAUCUUGUGGUCCGCAGACAGAUCCCGCUGAAGUCUUUGUGAUCGGAGAUUUUAAGUCUCAUCAGAUUAUCUUCGUGUCUGUGGUGUGAGCUUUUUGUCGCAAGUUUAAAAAUCGUUUAAGACCCUCCCCAAAAAAAAAAUCCUGUGGUGUGUGGCGUCUGCUGCUUGUUUCUAGGCAGAUUGAGAAGUUUUAAUGCCGUACUUUGGAACAUCGAGGGUAAAGCGAAAACGUCUCUGGGUGUGGGAGACGUUCGGACCCAGCCUGAGAAACUCUGAUCUAACAAGCUAAACUUUAAAAUGUAAAAUGUCAAAUUCAGAUGUAUUAUGUGUAAUAUGUGAAGCUUAAAUCUGACUCACGGGAGGGCAUCUGACUCGCCGCGGGGGACGAACAGCAUCUGACCCGCCGAUGACCUGUCCGUGGUUUAUUUUCUUACGCUCAGAUGAUAUUUAUGUAGCCUCGAACUCGCUUCCCGUCCCGUGACUCGGAGCUGAGCCGUGAUUUUUUUUUUUCUCUUUAGGAUUUUUGUUUUUAUUUAGAAUUUUAAUGAAUGGGGUUUAGGGGCUCGGCUUCUGCUAAAACGGAUGAUGUCACUUCCUGCUGCUGUGAUUCUCUACAGUCAAUAAAGACGUCGUCCAAAAAAAAAAAAGAA